GGUGGACAAGUGAUUCAAAAGCAAUGACGAGGAGUCCUUCACCUUUGCCCGCAUGCUCAUCGCCUAGGAAGGACUGCUGUGUGGUGGAAGUUCAGGCAGCGCCAUGGCUGUGGCCGUGAAGGCUGCCCAGGAGCUGGAGAAAGGACAGCGCUGUGUGGUCAUCCUGCCUGACUCUGUGCGGAACUACAGGUCCAAGUUCCUGAGUGACAAAUGGAUGCUGUACAAGGGUUUCAUGAAGAAGGAGCUCUCCGUGAAGAGGCCUUGGUGGUGGCAUCUACGUGUUCAAGAGCUGAGCCUGUCAGCGCCACUGACUGUGCUGCCCACGGUCACCUGUGAGCACACCAGCAACAUUCUCCGGGAGAAGGGCUUCGACCAGGCGCCCGUGGUCAACGAGGCAGGGACCAUCUUAGGGAUGGUGACUCUUGGGAACAUGCUGUCAUCGCUGCUUGCUGGGAAGGUGCAGCCAUCAGAUGAAGUCUGCAAAGUUCUCUACAAGCAGUUCAAACCGAUCCACCUGUCCGGCACACUGGGCAGCCUCUCCCACAUCCUGGAGAUUGACCACUUCACCCUGGUGAUCCAUGAGCAGAUCCAAUACCACAGCAAUGGCCUGUCCAGCAAGUGGCAGAUGGUGUUUGGGGUUGUCACUGCCAUUGACCUGCUAAACUUCGUGGCAGCCCGUGAACAGAACCAGAAAUAGAACCCGAAAGUUGGGACUGGCUUCCAUCCUCCCUGCUGGGACCUCUUGGCUUUAGAGACACCGACCAGUCAUGCCCAAGUGCAACAGGCAGCACGAACAGGUGGCUGUUUAGACCAACUGCAGAGGUCCAGCCUCCCUCCUAACAUUCACCUUCCUAAAUAAAUCCUGAGCCUGAGUACCUUAAAAAAAAAA